UGCCCCGAAACUGUACACCGGCCAAAGUCCAAAUCCAUUUCUACCAGCAACACUUUAUCAGGUGUCAAGCAGAUCAAAGAUUGACGAUUGAAAAUUAAGAUCGGCUGUGUGAUGACCACAAUUCUCCGCCGAGUGGACCACAGUGUGGGAUGUAUCUGGCGCUGGAAGAUAGUCUCUCUGAGGUCAUUUGCCUCCUCCUCAUCCAACACCCCAAAGAUCACCACCCACUACACAAUUCAUCCUCGCGACAAGGAUCCACGAUGGAAAGAUGUUGAUUUUACCCGUGUUGCGGAUGAGGCCGAUGUUGUGAUUGUGGGCGGUGGUCCUUCCGGUCUAUCCACUGCCAUUCGCCUUAAACAGCUUGCCGCUGCAGAUGGCGGUCGCGAACUGAGAGUUUGUGUCGUCGAGAAGGCGGCGGAAAUUGGUGGUCACACGCUUUCGGGGGCCGUCAUCGAGCCAGCCGCACUCACUGAACUUAUCCCCGACUGGAAGGAGAAGGGCGCCCCUUUGAACACUCCCGUCAAGGAGGACGUGUUUUCCCUCCUCACCUCAGCCACAUCUCGCCUCCCACUUCCCAUCCCUCCAUGGGUCCCUCUUCACAAUCACGGCAACUACAUUGUCCGGUUGGGUCAUUUGGUGCGAUGGCUGGGUGAGCAGGCAGAAGGGCUCGGCGUGGAAUUAUACCCCGGUUAUGCCGCAGCGGAAGUCCUCUUCGACGACACGAAAGAGGGAGCAGUGAGAGGAAUCGCGACUAACGAUGUGGGAAUUGCGAAAGAUGGAUCCCCAAAGGCAUCUUUCGAACGUGGGAUGGAGUUCCACACACGCGCAACCGUGUUUGCAGAAGGGGCUCAUGGCCAUCUCACAAAACAGUUGGUCCGCAAGUUCAAUCUCCGGUCAAACUCGGAACCCCAAACGUAUGGGAUUGGUCUGAAAGAGCUGUGGGAAAUUCCGGCAGAGAAGCAUCGUCCUGGGAGAGUUGAGCACUCGGUGGGGUGGCCUCUGGACAGCCACACGUACGGGGGAAGUUUUCUGUACCACUUGCAGGAUGAGAGUCCCCUCGUGGCGUGCGGCUUCGUUGUGGGAUUAGACUACGCAAAUCCGUAUCUCAAUCCAUUUAGGGAGUUUCAACGAUGGAAACACCAUCCCAGCAUCAGUGCCACGUUGGGAGGCGGUAAGAGGAUAAGUUAUGGAGCCCGUGCUUUAAACGAGGGCGGUUUUCAGUCCAUUCCAAAGCUUACCUUUCCUGGUGGGUGUCUCAUUGGAUGUGGAGCUGGUUUCCUGAAUCUGCCAAAAAUUAAGGGAACACACAAUGCCAUGAAAAGUGGGAUGUUGGCGGCUGAGAGUAUUUAUGAAGCCUUGGUGGCCAGCUCAGACAAAACCAUCGAACCACUCUCUUAUCCCGACAAGAUAAAGUCGAGCUGGAUUUGGAAAGAGUUGCAUUCCGUGAGGAAUGUGAGACCCUCAUUUCACACAGGUUUAGGUCUCUACGGGGGUCUCAUGUAUGCGGGCGGAGUGUACGGAUUCCUCCGAGGAAAGGAGCCUUGGACCCUAUCGCACGGCACGGCGGAUCAUGCCCGACUGAAAAAAUUGUCGGAAGCAACUCCCAUAGAUUAUCCAAAGCCGGACGGUGUUCUUAGUUUUGAUCUGUUGAGUUCUGUGGCUCUCACGGGGACGAAUCACGAGGGGGACCAACCCCCACAUCUCACUCUCGCCAAUGAUGCCAUCCCGGUGGAGAGGAACUUGAAAGAAUUUGGCGGUCCAGAGGGCAAGUUUUGUCCUGCAGGUGUGUACGAGUUUGUCCCAGUGGAAUCUGGAGAUGGGGAAAGACUGCAAAUCAACGCUCAAAACUGUAUCCAUUGUAAAACAUGUGACAUUAAGGAUGUCUCUCAAAACAUUAACUGGGUGUCGCCGGAGGGUGGGGGUGGUCCAGCGUAUGACGGAAUGUAAUCGUCUCUUGCCUCUAGUUCUUACAAAUAUCAUAGAUUAUUACGAUUUGGGUGCUGUAUCAACAAAUUAUUCUUAACAAGACCGAUAAUUAUGUAAAUUAUUAUGCUAUGCAAAUUGUGUAUGAUUAGUAAGAAAUAGGAGACAAUAAUAGUAACUUUAUUUUUCUGUGGAAAAGUCGUUUCGUAGCCUGCCUGCAUAACCUUGACUUUGACUUGACCAUCUCAAUAAACCAGUGUCAAUUGGAUAGGAUAUAGCAUUAAGCUGCUGUUGUUGAUCACAAUCACGUCUAAUAUUAGCCUAUCUACAGAUGCAUGUAAUGUACAUGUUGUGCAUUAUAGAUUCUCUUCCCCUCCACUGUUUCUCGUUUAGUCUCAUUCACACUGUGACCUUCGAUAUAUUCACAUUCCAUCCUCUCCCCGAGAAUCAUACACGCACACAUUUUACUAAUUCAAGUUUAAACAUAAAAUUAUGGCGUGUGCCCUCACUCCGGCUCCCAACGACCUUCUGGGUCUCAUUCAACUGCGACGACAACGGGCCACACAGGUCGUGCUUGAAGCAAAACGGCAAAAGGGGGCGACUUGGGAGCAGAUUGCAACCGCUGUGGGACGUUCACCAGUUUGGGUGACAUCGUGUUGUCUUGGGGAGAACGCGAUGGACGUCGAGAGUGCCGAGAAACUGGUUGCUUUCCUCGGUUUGGAAGGAGCAGAGGCCAAAACGACGGUCGAGGUUUUGGUGGCUUCCGUACCAAUGAAGGGCCAGCUCGAUUGGAGCCUUGCUGUUCAGGAUCCGACGAUCUACCGACUUCACGAAGUUAACCAAAUUUAUGGCCUCACUUUGAAAGAGUUGAUUCAAGAGAAGUUUGGAGACGGGAUCAUGAGUGCGAUCGAUUUUACAAUGGAGUUGGAGAAGGAGCAGGAUCCCAAGGGCGACAGGGUCAAGAUCAUCAUGAGCGGAAAGUUUCUUCCAUAUAAAAAGUGGUGAAAACAAAUUAUGAAAAAUAAAUCUUAAUUCGUAA